AUGCCCAAGGAUAAAGAAAAAUCAAUUAACCCUGCUCAACAGCAGCGCAAGCUAGAGAAGGCCAAAGCGCUGAAGAAAGGAAAGGCCGAAUUACAAGCGCGCCGCAAUGAAAAGCUAGCUCGGCGCAAUCCUAAUAGUAUACAGCGCCAGAUCGACGACCUCAAGGCGCUUGAAGCUGCAGGCGACAUUAAGCCCAGAGAGAAGGCCAUCUUAGCCGACUUAGAAAGAGACCUGAAAGCGGUCAACAAAGCAAGAGAGACACUCGGCGACAAGGCACCCUUUCAGAGUUCUCGGCCACAGAGGAGUGACAUACCUCAAAGUACCCUAGGUAAAAGACACCGCGAUGGGGAGAGAAAGCACAACGAACGCAGAGAAGGUUCGGGGAAUGAGUCCAGCGAUACGGAUGAAUCUGUUCGCAAUAUUCCCUGGCCCGAAGACACCCCACCUCCUAUACCUAACGAAUUCAAGCGCAACAGGCAGAAUCCAACCGUAAACUUUGGAUCUGGAUCACGUACCUACAAUGCCCCUGCUGAACCAGCGCAAGCAAAGACGACCUACGAGAGUGCACCCCAGAUUCGCGAUCUUAAGAAAGAAGCCGUGAGCAGAUUCGUGCCAAAUAUUGUAAAAAGAAAACAAGAAGCCGUUCGAGGCUCUACUGGUCAGUUACUCGAACCAGAAGAGCUGGAUAGACUAGAACAGGAAGGCUAUAUUCAGUCCAAUGUUCCCGGUGGACCGUCCACGCAAGCAGCACAAUCCGUUCCCAAAUUCUCCCAAUAUGCGCCCAAGAACAUAAAUGACCUACAGCGACUCAAGGAUGAAGAGGAAGCCUUCGAGCGCGAGAUGGCCAUGCAAGAUGCUGACCAGGCGGACGAUCCCUUUUACAGAAAGGUGGCGGACGAUCCCGCCGAAGCAGAAGACUCAUUUCAUACAGAAGUGCUUGAGGAACCGGAUGAAUACCAGAACUCAAUCGAAGAAGACGCCAAAGACCCGCAACCAAAUCAAGAACAUGACCCCUACCAGCCGCGGAUUCGAGACUUCGCCAUAGACCCCUUAUCCCGCCCACCCAGUCUCAACGCUUCCUUCCGGAGCGACGCGACAGAAGUCAUUCCCGACGAAGAGCUCGAGGCAUAUCGCCUGACCAUUCCUCCUCGAUCACAACCCACCCCUUCUUUCCUCGAAGCAGUUCGGCUGGACGAGGAAGCAGCCAGAAGAAGCGCCGUACCGCAACCAGAAGCCGUAACCAUCGUCAGGAGGGCGUCGACACCUCCACCUCCUACGAGACAGGUACAGAUGGAGGAGGUCAUAGAUGAGGAUUUAUUAUGA